AUGGCAGCUGAAACUGAGGAUGAGGAGGCCUCAGCAUCGCGUUGGGUGGCACGAUCUAAACCAGCCAAGCUACAUGCUACAGCAGGGACCUGUGAGCAGUGCUACUCAGGUAUCCUGAUGACUUCAGCUUCUGAUAAAGCAAAAUGGUGUGAAGGUGAUCAGGCUCCAAAAUCCAGAGAUGGCAUCAUGGGAGAAGCCACUAUCCAAAGAAUGACCUCCACCACUCAUAAUAAAGAUCCAAUCCGUGUAAAUUUAGAGGAGGAACAAGAUGAGGAAGCCAUACCUGUUCAAAAACUUACGAGACCAGGAUUGAACCAAUAUACCCAGGAGAAACCUUUGUUUCCUGGCAUCACCACUGACCUCAGUCUCUGCAUCCCUUUAGAGCUGAGUGAUGAAGACGGAGUCCCUUAUACCAUCAACAGAUACUUAAGGGAUUACCAGAGGGAAGGUAUCAGGUUCAUUUACAAUAACUACAUCCACUCCACUGGUUGUAUUCUGGGAGAUGACAUGGGUCUUGGAAAAACUGUACAGAUCAUAGGUUUUCUUGCUGCUGUGCUGCACAAAACAGGCACAUGGGAGGACGUAGAGAACAACCGACCUCAGUUUCUGCAGUCUCAGAUAUCCUCCAAGCAAAGUAAUCCAAGCAAAGUGUUUCUUAUCGUGGCUCCACUGUCAGUGCUCUAUAACUGGAAAGAUGAACUGGACACAUGGGGUUACUUCCAGUGUGUGGUGGUCCACGGGCUGAGGAAAGAGGAGGAGCUGGCUCGUAUCAAGAAUGGUCGCACUGAGAUUGCUCUCACCACUUACGAGACUCUUCGGCUCUGUCUGGAUCAGUUUAACAAAUUAGACUGGUCAGCGAUCGUUGUUGAUGAGGCUCACAAGAUAAAAAAUCCAAACUCUCAGAUCACUCAGGCCAUGAAGGAGAUGAGAUGUAAGAUCCGAAUUGGUCUCACUGGUACCAUCUUGCAGAACAACCUUGAAGAGCUGUGGUGUGUCAUGGAUUGGGCCGUACCAGCUUGCCUUGGGAGCUUAGGACACUUUAAAAACAAGUUCUCAGACCCCAUCGAACAAGGGCAGAGACACAGUGCAACCAAACGUGCUCUGGCUACAGCAAGGAAGACCGUCCGAGAUGUGGUGAAGAAGAUUUCUCCUUUUUUCUUGAGGAGAACUAAAGCCCUCAUCAAAGACCAGCUGCCAAAAAAGAACGACAGGGUGGUGUUCUGUUCUCUGACGGACUUUCAGCAGUCUGUGUAUCAGGCGGUGCUGGACUCUGAUGAUGUGACGUUACUGCUGAGAUCUUCAGAGAAGUGUGACUGUCAAAGUGGGCGCACCCGCAGAAGCUGCUGCUACGAUAAAAACUCGGACGGUGUUCGAAUUAAGGAGCUCUUCUUUAGUUACCUGACAAUACUGAGGAAAGUUGCUAACCAUGCAGCUCUCCUUCAGUCCAGUCCAGGCACCAGUGAGAAACAGGAAAUGUAUGUGCGUGCCGUUUGUACAAAGGUUUUUCAGAAGUUUCCAGAAUUUGUGCAGAGGUGCAGAGACGAAGCAUUUGAAGCUCUGUCUGAUCCAAUGUACAGUGGGAAAAUGAAGGUGCUGCAGAAGCUGCUCAAAUACCAUCUACAAAAGAGAGAUAAAGUGCUUAUCUUUUCUUUUUCAACCAAGUUGUUGGAUAUUCUGGAGAGCUACUGCAUGGCAGAGGGACUGGAUUUUAGCCGGUUAGAUGGAUCCACCAAAUCCAAGGAAAGACUCCAGAUUGUUAAAGACUUCAACAGCUCUUCACACAUCAACCUCUGCCUUGUUUCCACCAUGGCAGGCGGUCUUGGUCUUAACUUUGUAGGUGCUAAUGUAGUGGUGCUGUUUGACCCCACCUGGAAUCCAGCCAGUGAUCUUCAGGCUAUUGACAGGGCGUAUCGUAUUGGCCAGUGCAGGGAUGUGACUGUCCUUCGUCUGAUCUCACUGGGAACUGUGGAGGAAGUCAUCUACCUCAGACAAGUUUACAAACAGCAACUGCAGUGUACGGUUGUUGGAAAGGAGAGUGCUCGGCGGUAUUUCGAGGCUGUACAGGGGAACGGUGUCUACAAAGGGGAACUGUUUGGUGUCAAAAACCUGUUCAGGCUGCAGACUGAUGGGACGUGUCUGACCCGCAGGAUUCUGGAGCGAGAAGGACAAGUAGAGGCUGGUGUGGUGACAAUGACAACACACAGAGGCAACAAGGAGGAGGAAGAGACGGAUGGAGCUGGCGAAUCUGGAGAUCCGCUUGCAGAUGAUAAUCUCUUAGACGAUGAAGCAGCCAAGAUGACUAGAGAAGAAUCAGGUGUUCUGGACUUCAGCAGUGGGAGUGAAACAAAUGAUGAGGAAGUGCAGGGGAUGAAGAGAAACCAGAAUGGAGAUGGUGAUAACAAGAGUGGAAAAACUCGCACUGGUUCCGGUCCAAUGAGUCUCCUGCAGCAUGGCUUUUCCAGACAUCUCGAAAAGGUCAAAGAAAAACAAGAGUUGGAUGAAGAGGACAGUAGCUCUUGUUCCAAAGAAAGCUCUUUUGAAGAAGAUGCUGAGGGCCAAAACAUAAAGGAUGCCUCUUCUACAAUUGGAAAGACGACCAGUGGAGGAACUGGAGUUGUCUGCCUUUCCAAAUCUGAAACAAAACCCCCGGACAAAUCCACUGGCUCAGACAGAAAGCAGGAAAAUAAUGCAAACAAGAUUUCAUCGUUAAAAGUGAAGGAUUACACUACAAGGCGGAGACAGUGCCAGAAACGAUGGAUGAGUAAACAAACCGCACUGGAUGAUGAUGAGAGCGAUGAAAAUUCCUCACCAGAAAACAAGACAGCUAAUAAGCACAAAUCUACUUUUCCCAAAGUACACCACUUUUACGCUUACUCAGACGAAUCUGAGGAUUUAGACGUAGAAGAAAAGACGUGCUCUAAAAAGGAUUUAAAUGUAUAUAAUGGAGGAGAUGAAGAAAGAAGGGGAAAGUUGUAUCACAACAAAAGAAGACACAGUGCCAGUGUAAGAGACAAGACAAGAUUCAGAUACACAGAAGACAUCGGAACAUUCACAUCUUCAGAGGAUGAACAUCUUAUGGGGAGACGAGCUAAAAUACCAAAAACUGUUUCAUUUACAAAUCUGAAAAGUCAGAACAUUCCAUCAUCUAAAGAAAAGAAGCAGAGCAUCGACAGCGUGCUAGGGGGUGUACAGGAGGUGGUGUAUACACACUCUAACCAGCAUGUGGUGGGUGGGAGCAAAGCCGAGGAGCUGAUCAGUAGAGCUGCUGUACGAGACGUGUUUGAACGUAAAAUGUACUCGCAACUUCCGGCCAAUAAUCUACUGGGUACCCAGGAGAGUCUGCCAGCAAGUCUUCUAGACAGCCAGCCCUGCACCCACUCAAGUCAACUGCAGAAGCUCAAAGUAGAUCAUCCGAUCAGCUUCACCAGCAGAAGUGUGCACCGGGCCGGCCAGACAACAGUCAUGAUUGGAGAGACUCCUAAAGCUAUACGCAGACAGCAGCUUGAGGUAAUGGCAGAACAAUUUAAAUUUCCCUCAGUCCAUGAGUUUGCCACUGAGAUCCUGAGAGGAAACUCGUCUCACAGGCUUUCCUGGCUGCGACAGUAUUACACUUCUCUGAAUCACACAGAUGUGGCUGAUAUAAUCACAGAAAACAUCCCAGAACCUGAUUCAGCUCAAGCAGCCUCCUCUGCCACUUCUACCUUAUCAUCAUCCACAAAAAGAGCUUCCAGAAAUCGGUAUACAGACACUAGAAAUCAACAAAAAGAAUCUUUAAGAACCCCAAAAUCUGCGAAGUUCUCUCAGAGGAAUCUGAAACCCAGAUCUAAGCCUGAACCUCCACAAAAUAAUGAUUCUUCGCCACAAAUCAGAUCAGGCAAUCUAGAAAAUGAUGAUCUUAAACCUCCCAAAAAGCCAAAGAUAAUACAAAAGAAUGUGCCAGUUCCAAACCCAGAGUCAGAGAAGCAGGAGGAGAUGGUCUGCGGUGCCAGGGGACACAAGAGGACAAAGAAGAGUAGUGUUUCUAGUUCUCGAGCGUGCAGAACUGACGGUGCUCUCAGCGUGGAUCAGGCCAGCAGCAGUGGUCUGGGGUCCAGGGAGGCUGCUGCUUUCCUGAACUGCACAGACAGAGAUACCCCUUCUUCUUCUGACCCCAGCCGUUGCAGCUCUGCCAUGUCAUCCAAACCCGCAGGACAAGAAACAGAGCAGGAGCAGAAAUCACCGCGGUGGACGAGUGAAAUACAGAGACAAAGAGAGAAUUCUCAGUCUUCUGUGACCUCCUGCAAUCAGUCCCUUCUAACAGACCUUAUAGGAGAUACAUCCAUUCUAGAUGACAUACUGAAACCAAAGGCUAAGAAUCCACAACACAAAAGCAACCCUGAGACACCCCGCACACCAUCAGCGUCACUAAGCACAGGUCUCAAGUCUCCACCGUCCAAUCUAACGUUAGAUGACGCAUGCUCGCACAUACAAACUGAACACCGGGUCAGUACACCAGUGCAGGUGACAAGGAGUCGUCGCAAAGACAUCUGGGACAUCCUCAGUGAGGGUAAUGAGGAGAGUAUCAACAGGCUAACAGAUCCGGAAGAACUGCAGAGAGUGUGCAUCGACACCAGCUUUGCAGAGCGAAGUUUGUCCAAAAAGAGGGAGAGCACGAGUCUGUGGAAAACGAAUGACAAGUUCCUGUGGAAGAAAUGA